AUGUAUGCUAAAUGUAGAUCCAAUUUGAGAAAAGAAUUAUGGGCUAACUUGGUUAACUUUUCUGUUUCACAUAAGGGACCAUGGGCUAUUAUAGGUGAUUUUAAUGUCAUCUCCGAUCAUGAGGAAAAUAAUAGAGGAAAUCCUUAUAGAAUUGACAAAAGUUUUGAUUUUUUGGAAUGUUUGACAGAAUGUGGUUUGCAAGAUGCAGGUUUUCUAGGGAAUAUUGUUACAUGGUACAACAACAGAGGAACUCCUGAUACUAUUUGGAAGAGAUUGGAUAGGAUGGUAUACAACUCUGAGUGGUUUAGCCUGUUUGGUAGAACUACUGUUACACAUUUGGCCAGUGCUUGCUCUGAUCAUGUGCCACUCUUAGCUCAAUUCUGCCAUAUAGAGGAGACAUAUGUUAAAUACUUCAAAUUUCUCAAUUUCUGGACUGAGCAUGUGGAUUUUCUUGAUGUGGUUAAAAAUAUAUGGGAAGAAGAUUGCCAAGGCAAUCCUUUAUGGAUCCUGCAUCAGAAGUUGAAGAAGACGGCAUCCAGACUUAGUUCUUGGUAUAGGGAGGCUUAUGGAGAUAUCCAUGAAGAAUCUAAAAGAUUGGAAUUGGAAAUCUCCAAUCUUGAACUUCUUACCAUAAAUGAUAACAGUGAUGUUAAUAGAACCAACUUGAACAAAAUCAGGGCAGAGUACUUCAGAUAUCUCAAGAUUCAUGAUUCUAUUUUAAGACAAAAGGCUAGAGUUAAAUGGCUAACUGAUGGUGAUUCUAACACUGCCUACUUCCACAAUGUCAUAAAAGAUAAGAGAAGGACAUUGCGCAUUAACAAGAUCCAUAAUGAAUUUUUUCAAUGGGUGGAAGGGACUAAGGAGGUCUCAGAAGCUGCAGUGAGAUAUUUUCGAGGACUUUUCUCCCAAAAACAUGAGCAGAAUGAUUUCUUUAAUUUGGAUAUUAUAAAACAUGCUAUUUCAGAGGAUGUUAAUCACAAGUUGAUUGCGUUGCCUACUGCAAAAAAAUUUCAAACCUGUUGGUCGAUUGUAGCUUCUAAUAUUGUUCAAUCAUUUAUUUCUAUUUUUUAUGGAGCAGAACUUCCUAGGUGGUUUACACAUACAUGCAUAGUCAUGCUUCCCAAAGUACCCUCUCCCCAAUAUUUUAAUGACAUAAGACCUAUUAGCCUGUGCAAUGUUAUUAGUAAACUCUUUGCUAAGUUACCUAAUUCUAGAUUGAGCAUUAUUUUACCUGAUUUGAUUAGCUGGAAUCAAAGUGGCUUUGUAAAAGGUAGAGCCAUUACAGAAAAUAUUUUACUUGCACAAGAAAUCAUUCAAGAUAUUGGAAAACCAAAUGAGAAAGGAAAUAUUAUUUUGAAACUGGAUAUGGCCAAGGCAUAUGAUAGGGUGUCAUGGUCAUAUCUAUGUGUUCUUAAGCGGCAACUUGGAUUUUGUGAGACAUGGAUUGAUAUUAUUUUUAGACAUAUCUCUAGUAAUUGGUAUUCUUUACUUGCUAAUGGCACUAGACAAGCUUUUUUCAAAUCUGAAAGAGGUCUAAGACAAGAAGAUCCUAUCUCUACUUCUCUCUUUGUCAUAUGUGCUGAACAUCUUUCUAGAAAAUUAAAUCUUAUUACUUCUCUUGAUGAUUAUAAAGGUUUUCAUAUGAAUAAGAAUGGACCCUUAAUUAAUCAUCUUGCCUAUGCAGAUGAUAUCAUUCUUUUUUCUAGUGGAUGCAGGAAAUCGUUGAUACUUUUGAUGGAGGCUCUUACUGGAUAUGAGAAAAUCUCAGGACAAUUGGUCAAUAAGAAAAAGUCAUGUGUUAUCCUUGCUCCCAACACACCACCAGAUGAGAUCUCAAGGGUGGAAGGGAUCACUCAGAUGGAGCAUAAAGUCCUACCUAUCAAAUACUUGGGUUGUCCGCUAUAUGUUGGGAGGAAAAAGAUUUCCAUAUUCUCUGAAAUGAUAACCAAAGUUAUCAACAAAAUCUCAGGGUGGCAUUCAAAAUUUUUCUCCACUGGUGGUAGGGCAGUAUUAAUCAGACAUGUACUGAUGGCAUUACCAACUCAUCUUCUAGCCGCAAUCCAUCCCCCAAAAGGUGAUCUUAACCAGAUAGAAAGAGUGUUGAACAGAUUUUUUUGGGGAGGUUCAGCAGAAAAGAAAAGAUACCACUGGGCUUCGUGGGAUAAUCUUUAUUUUCCGUAUGAAGAGGGAGAUCUGGAUCUUCUGCUUCCUCCACAUGUUGUGGAUAAAAUUAAUAACCUACAGAUUAGGUUGAAUCCUGCAACUCCUGAUGAUCCAAAAUGGAUAGCUGACAAUAAUGGAACCUUUUCUGUGGCCUCGGCCUGGCAGUUAUUUAGAAAAAAGAAACAGAAAUCUUGGCAAUUUCCAUUGACUCCUAACUGGGAUGACUUUAUCAAGCUUAUGAGAAGCACAAUUCUCUUUGAAAAAUCCAUUAUUGUUAAAUGGACCAGGCCUACUCCUCAAUUUGUCAAACUAAAUUCCGAUGGUAGCUGUAAAGAUGGUAAUUAUGGUGGUGGAGGUGUGAUUAGAGACAAAUAUGGCUAUCUUAUUUUUGCAUACUCCCUACCUCUCGGCACUGAUACUAGUAACUGGGCAGAGGCAUCUGCUCUGCAUUAUGGCAUUAAUUGGUGCUUGUCAAAUGGGUUGCAAUAUAUUAGUGCUAAAAGUGAUUCAAAGUUGCUUGUAGAAUGCAUAAAUGGUCGAUAUGCAAUUCCCUGA